AUGCCAGGUUCAUUCGGUGAAGCUCAGCAGGGUCGCAGGCGCUCAAGCGUCCGUCGCCCAUCUAUCGCUACGACCCGCCUCGGACCCCUCACCCACCACAAGAAGCCCGAGCCAGGCGCUCCCUUCAAAAUCAUCUUUGUCGGCGCUGGCAACAUCAACUUUGGAAGCGAUGAGGGACCUUGGGACCACUCGUUCCGCCUCGAGAACAAGCUCGGCCCGCGUCUCAAAGUCGUCGCAAUCAUCGACCCCAACGAGACCGUCGCCAAGCAACGCCUUGACGUCAAGCGCUCCUCGUUCGUCGAGAUGGCCUACCGCGACACGCGCAUCUGUUCCUCGCUCGACGACUUUGUCUCGACCAUGAAGGAGCACGAGCGUCCGCAUGCGUUUGUCGUCGGAAGUCCGGCCGCGUUCAGGGGUUCGACGAAGCAGGGGAGGGACUUUGAGAUGCAGGUGUUGAAGCACUUCCCCAAGGACACGCCGGCGAUGUUCAUCGAGAAGCCGCUCUCGGCCGACUCGGUCGACGAGGCGCUCACGGUCGCCAAAGCCCUCGUCGACUCGAAAGCCGUCGUAUCAGUCGGCUACUUCCUCCGCUACCUGCGCGUCGUCCAGAAGAUGCGCCAGAUCAUCGAGGACAACGAGCUCGAAGUGAUGGCUACCAACGCUCGCUACGUCUGCUCGUACGCCAACAUCGCCAAGCCUGCGUGGUGGAUGAAGAGCAAGGACUGCGGACCCAUUGUUGAGCAGGCGACGCACUUCAUCGACUUGUCGAGGUACUUCGGCGGCGACGUCGACAUGGACAGCGUCCAAGCGCAUGCUCUCGAGUGGGACGAGCCCGCCGGCCAACUCUCCGCCGUGCCCGUCGACGAAUCCUCCAUUGCGCCCGACGACCGCAUCCCGCGCGUGACGUCCGCGACCUGGAAAUACGAGAACGGCGCCGUCGGAUCCUUGACGCACGCGCUCGUCCUCCAGGGGUACAAGUACUCGUGCGAGUUGGACGUCUUGUGCGAUGGGUACCAGUUGAAGUUGAUUGAUCCGUAUAACGCGCCGGAGUUGAGGGUCCGCACGCCGGAGGGGGACGAUGAGCAGGUGUACACGUUCGAGCGCGACGACCCGUACCUCUCGGAACUCGCCGGCUGGAUCGACGAGAUUCCGGAGGGCCAAGCUACCGACAGCGCCGUGGCGGAUGACGAUAGUUUCGCGAUAUUAUCCAGUUACGCUGAUGCGGCUAAGACGUACGCGCUCUCCUGGGCCAUCCGCCAGAUCUCGGAGGCCAACACGAAGCGCUUCAGGAAGAAGGAGAAGAAGGUUGCCGCCUAG